AGUCGGACCCCAGUGUGGCCGAAGCCGUUAGAGGGGGAGGGAGUGCGCCGCGCGAGGUCCGUGUAGGCGUGGUUGUCCCGGACGGCAAAUGUCAAUGUAUUAGUGGGCGUGGACGGGCGUGGGGUUGUGUGGGCGUACCAGUGGAGUGACCCCCGUGCCCUCGUGACCUCGACUAGCGGGAGAGGCGCCCCCCUUACCCUCCCCCAUUGGCUAAAUUGUGAAGCGGAAGUUUGCGGGUUUUAAUUUUCACCGUCUCUUUAACUAUUUUUUGGGGGGACUUUUAAAUUCGCUGGCUGGAAUUUUUUUUUUGUGUAUUUUUUUAAGUGUGGUGGAAAAAAUAGUGCAGAAAAGUGGAUUGUGGAUAACUGUGGUGGAUUAAACUGUAGUGGAUAACAAGAUUGUGAAAGAUUGGACUGCAUAUUUAAACGCCAACUUAAAAAACGCAUACACAGACAUACGUACACACUGAAAACACACAUACACACACACACACACACGUAUUUCAGCGGUGCACACGUGUGGACUUCCUAUCUAUGUGUGUGUGCGUGUGUGCGUGCAAAAAGGACUGUUUCACGUACACAGAAACGUACAUUACGAAUUGAGUGUGUUCGUGUGUGCGUGUGUUCAUAAUAGUGUGUGUGUGCGUGCGUGCGUGAGAGUCUUAGUGCCAGACAAGACGCUACUGCCACGGACUAUACCACCACCACCAGCACCACCAGCACCAGUACCAGCACCAGCAGUACCAACAUGACCACGCUCAACUCUUUGUUCUCCUUCACCUCUCCGGCUGUGAAGAAGCUGCUGGGGUGGAAACAAGGCGACGAGGAGGAGAAGUGGGCGGAGAAGGCCGUGGACUCCCUGGUGAAGAAGCUGAAGAAGAAGAAGGGCGCGAUAGAGGAACUGGAAAGAGCGUUGAAGUGUCCGGGGCAGGAAACCAAGUGUGUUACCAUACCUAGGAGUCUGGAUGGAAGGUUGCAGGUGUCACAUCGCAAGGGGCUGCCACACGUGAUUUACUGCAGGGUGUGGCGAUGGCCGGACCUGCAGAGCCACCAUGAAUUGAAGCCACUGGAGCACUGCAAGUUUCCAUUCUCAGCCAAACAGAAGGAAGUUUGCAUCAACCCUUACCAUUACAAGAGAGUGGAGAGCCCUGUGCUGCCUCCUGUGCUGGUGCCAAGACACUCAGAGUUUGCCCCCGGCCACUCCCUCCUGACGUUUCAACAACAACAACAACUACAGGAGCCCAUGCCUGGCAACGUGUCAUUCUCCCAAGACGGUUUCGUACACUCCACCCUUUCCGCCCCCUCCCACUCACAGAUGGGGGGUGGUGGGGGCAGCGUUGGGGGCCUGAACCAGCCACCGUCCCCUGUUGGAAGUGUCGUCAGUCCCACAAGUCAAAGUCCUCACAGCCCUUAUGGAGUACCUGGUGGGGGUAGUUUGAGUGGCCUGACCCAGCCCCCCUCCCCUGUGGUGAGUCCCUCCAUCCACAGCCCCCACAGUCCCUACGGAAGCAUCCCUGACACACCUCCACCAGCGUACAGCCCCAGCGAGGACAUCAAGCAGAACCAGCCCACAGACACCCCCAUGGAGACAGUGCCCUCCACUGCAGCUGUCCUCAGUAGUAACGUCACGCCUGUCACAUAUCAGGAGCCAAGCCACUGGUCCACCAUAGCCUACUAUGAGCUGAACAACCGUGUGGGGGAGGUGUUCCAUGCACAGACACACUCGGUCAUCGUGGACGGCUUCACUGAUCCCAGCAACAACUCGGAACGGUUCUGUCUGGGUCUGCUGUCCAACGUCAACCGGAAUUCUACCAUCGAGAACACAAGAAGGCACAUCGGCAAGGGAGUCCACCUGUACUACGUGGGGGGGGAGGUGUAUGCCGAAUGCUUGUCCGACUCUGCAAUCUUCGUCCAGUCUCGCAAUUGCAACCACCACCACGGCUUCCACCCUUCCACCGUGUGCAAGAUUCCACCUGGGUGCUCUCUUAAAAUCUUCAACAACCAGGAGUUUGCACAGCUGCUGACCCAGAGUGUGAACCAUGGCUAUGAGGCUGUCUUUGACCUCACCAAGAUGUGCACUAUAAGGAUGUCAUUUGUGAAGGGCUGGGGCGCUGAGUAUCACCGACAGGACGUGACGAGCACCCCCAGCUGGAUUGAAAUUCACCUCCAUGGUCCCCUGCAGUGGCUCGACAAGGUGCUCACCCAGAUGGGGGCGCCCACCGACCGCAUCUCCUCUGUGUCAUGAGUCCCGCCCCUCUGUCACCCCUCCAAGACCCCCAAUACCCCUCCAAGACCCCCAUCACCUCUCCAAGACCCCCACCUCCCCUCCAAGACCCCAACAGACCACUCCAAGACUCAUCCCCCGCCCCAUAGGUCCCAUCCUGUCUCCCUCUCUCUUUAAUUUUUCUCUGUUUUGUCCUUCUCUUCUUUCCAUCUCUCCCUCUUUCUCUUUUAGUCCCUUCCUCCCUCUCAUUUCCAUCUGUCUGUCCCUCUCCUUGCCUCACUCCCUCUCUCCCUUCUUCCCUUCAUCACCCCAUCAUGCCUCCCUAUCCGAGUUGUCAAGGCUGGUCCUAUGUUGCUGCUCAGUCACCCCUGCCAGACCCUACCAAGGCUUGUGUUGACAUUUUGGAAACAUUUUUAUACCUGUGACUUGCGGCAGUGGCAGGGUCCCACGUGACUCGCUGGCUCAAAAGGAGAAGAAAGAGGAGGAGGAAGAGGAAGAGGUCACAAGACUCUUCACAUUCCCUCACAGGCUUGACCGACUCGCGCCAUCACAGACUCACUGAGAGAAAAAGGCUUCUAUAUCUUGAGUCCCUGCAGGUUUGACUCGUCCUCAUUCACCCUGACUCAGUGUUUGGUCCUCUGUUCAUAUAGUAAGUCGCCUCAAGUCUCGUUCUCACUCUCUCUGUAUCUUGAGUCGUGCCGUCACUGAGUCGCCAGGAAAAAUGAGGAAAAAACUCUUCCAUUGUAUCUUGAGUCACCACUAUCUCACCCUGAUUCACCCUUACUAUUCGCAUUGUGAGUUGCCGCACAGACUCACUCAGAGAACUCCUGUCUUUAUGUCCUGAGUCGCCUGCCAUCGUGACUCCUGACUCAGUGUGUGGCAGAGUCGUGGCCUGUUGAGUGUUUCCCUUGGCGUGACGCAUUGACUGAUCCCUACACCACCACUACUACCACCAUCACCACCACUACAACUAUUCCUACUACAACUACAGGAACAUUUACUCACUCCUCAGUAACGACACAAUUCAAACCUUUCUUCUCUCUUGAUCUGCUUUGUUUUCUUUUUUUUUUUUUUUUUUUCUCUACUGAGUGGUAUGUACAAGUUAGUACUAAGGAAAGAAUACUAUUAUUAUUAUUAUUAAACAAAAAAAAGAAUAACAAUGUGCUUCAAAGUGUAUUUUAGUGUAAGUAGUGAUUUCUUGCAAGAGUUUUAGCCUGCGUCUCAUUGCAACUGCUGCUAGGUUAGUGAAUAAAUUACCGCUAUAGUUAGCAUAGCAUAGGUGUGUGUGUGUGUGCGUGCGCGUCUGUGCGUGUGCGAGCGUGUGUGUGUGUGUGUGGUGCGACCCGUUGGUUGGUUAGUCACACGAGGAGAGGAAGGAGAAGAAGAAGACGACGAAAAAUAUACACAAAAAAAACUUGUAUUCAAAGCUUGACUGUGAAUUUUGUACGUACGUUCGAUUCCUUUUUCCGACACACAAGUUUCCUGCCAGAUGUGAUGUUCAAUUGUUUGCCUUGUUGUGCACUCCAAGCUUCCAUGUGUGUUGUGGUGCUGUGCUGCUGUGGCGGUGGCUGGGCUGGGCUGUGUGGUGCUGGGGGCUGGGAGCUGGGGGGACAGAACCACAGGGGACAUAAUUGGAGGAUAGACUUGUCAAUACAACAUAGAGGGGAUUAGAAAACUCAAAAAAACAUUAGGCAUCAGAGCGGACUUGGCAGAAAUACAGUCAACAAAAUAAGACAGGAUAGAACAAUAGGAAAACUUCAUAGAUUCACCACCAAAGGAAAACUGUAUUGCUAAAGAACAAAAAACAAAGAUAGAACUAGAAAGACUGCAAGGAAAACCUGUUGGUAUUGUCAAAGAACACAUGCUUUGGUAGAGAAGGAAAGAACAUCACUACCCACGUCCUCUAAUCUCACAACCAGGUGAUCUUGUCUCACCAGCCCCUCGUCCUUCAUUAUGCACUGGUAGAGGAAGAAAGACCACCAUUAUCACCACUUCCACCUUCCGUCAUGAUUUGAUAUAGACAGAACCACCAGUAUGCAUCCUGAUCUUCCCUUACAGCCAGGUAUUCCAGUCCCUUUAGCCUCCCAUCAAUCCCUGCACUACCACACAGUCUCCUGCUUGCCAUCCACGUCCCAGUUCAGCACCCAAGCGCUUGAGGUCACAAAGAAUUGUUCUGUGCCUAUUAACAAUUAUUUAUACCGUCCAAAGCUCCAAGAAAGCCCAGAAUUAUAUGUAAAUGCAUUGCUGCUUGGCAUUACAUAGAUGCUUAGUACAGUUUUAGUAUAGGAUGCAUUUCUGUCUCCACUGUAGCUGCCGUGAAGGUCGUGUUCGCUAAUGUCUCGGCGUCUUGUGCUGUCUGCCUUCAGCAGGCCUCGGUGGAAGCUGUUGGGGCUCUCAAGGGUGUUACUUGUGAUGCUAAGGAUAGUUUGACAAAGACUCUGCUCUGUUACCUAGAAAAAUGCCUUGAGAAUCUUGAGUUGUCAUCAUUGGUGUUCUCAAGGGUGUUAUUCUUCAUGCUAUGGAUAGUUUGACAAAGAUUCUGCUCUGUUACCUGGAAAAAUGCCUUCAGAAUCUUGUCUGAUCAUCUCAGUGGUGUUGUCAAGGGUGUUACUCAUGAUUUUAAUGAUUUGUUGACAUAGACUCUGCUACAUUACCUUGAAAAAUGCAUUGAGUAUCUGCAGUUAUCAUUUCUGUGUUGUUCUUAAUGGUUUAUUUCAUGAUUCUAGUGACAGUUUGACAUAGACUGCUCUGUUACUUAGAAAAACACCUUGGAAAUCUAAACUAAUCAGUGGUGACAAUUUGUUCUAUUACUCAGAAAAACAGCUUGUGAAUAUGACAUUAUAUCAGUGGUGUUUUCAAGAUUUCUCAAGGUUAUUUUCACGAUUGUAGUGACUGUUUAACAUAAAUUCUGCUCAUUUACCAGUAAAAAAAUCACCUUGGGAACCUCGACCAAUCCUGGCAGCCUGUUGAAAGCAGUACCAUUGGAAGCUGGAGGUGUUUAGGAAUACAGUUUAGAGAUAAUAAGCAUUAGCAACAAGGGUGUGACACUGAGAUGCCGCUGCAGUCAAAGGGUGGUCUGUCCUGGCAAGGCAGCAACCCAACCCAACUUUCCCUCAAACACAACAAAUCUUUGCAAACACACAGAAAACACAAGAGAGGAAACACACAAACUCUCUCACUCACGCACACAGGAAAAAAACACACAAAUUUCUGUCUCGCACCGAACGAACGCCUUUGUUUUAAUUACGAGCCUCGUUUUUUCAUUCUUAGCGUCACCGGAAGGUCGAAUGUUUUUUAUAAUUUUCUAUGUUUUUUUGUAAAUAAGACUUGGUGAUACUGUUGUGCACUGUGGCAAGGCAUGGAAAUGCUGCGAUGGUUUGGCCAGGCUUGGGAGGGUGUGUGUGUGUGUAUGUAUGUAUGUAUGUAUGUAUGUAUGUAGAAAAGAUGUCAGUAUGUGGAGUGUAGGUGUGUGUGUGUAUGGAGAGCAGGUGUGAGUGUGUGUGUGUGUGUGUUUGUGUGUGUGUGUGUGUGUGUGUGUGUGUGUGUGUGUGUGUGUGUGUGUGUGUGGAGAAAGGAUGUGGAUUUGUAUGUAUGUUUGUGUAGUUGAAGUGAAGGUGUGUGGAUGUGUGGAAUGCAGGUACGAGUGUGUGGAGUGAGAAUGUGAAUGUUUGAAAUUAGUAUGUGGAUUUGAGUGUGGAUGAAGUGUCAGGCAGGAAGGAGUCAGGAGGAGGAGGAGGAGGAGGAGAAGAAUCCCUACCCUACCCGGCCAGAAGGAUGGCAGAGAGAGUGUUGGCUGUCGUGAUGUCUGGUGGCAAGACAGUGAGGAGCCACAGCAUAGGGCAUUUGCCUUCUAAAUACUAAACUGUAACAAUACUCUGUAUGUUAGUACAAGAACAAAAGAGUCCUUACAUUGUACUUGUUUCACAUUUACGUUGUUGAGUCUGUUGCUGCCAUGUUACUGAAUUGAUUAGUUUUGAGUUGGAAAUUCUAUUAUUUUUACUCUUAAGUGGAUAGAGAAUGUGUGGAGUGGGCGGGAGGGGAGCGCGUGGCCCCAGCGUGGGCCGCCGCCGCCCCGACACUGACCAAGCCGUGGGAUGUGUGAGGGAGACACCAGAGGGAGCAGCAGGAGAGUCGUGCAGGUGUGUGUCUGGUACUCUAAUAUGCACAAACUGAUAGUUAUGAUGAUUCAUGUCAAACUCAGCCUGCCACAGUGGUCGAGCUGUGCUGGUUGUCCGUAGCCAUAAGGAAAUUUUAUAAUAUAGUAUUGUCUUCAGAGUUAUCUUGUGUACAGACUGGAAAUAGAUAAUGUUUUGUUAAGGUAAAAGUGAUUGGCAGGUUAAUCUUAACAUUGACUUGCAGAGGAUUCAUUGCCGGCCUUGACAGUCAAACGUGUGCAGCAGAUUGCCUCGCCCACACUGACCUGCCAAGUAUUAGUCUUUCCCAAGCAGACCAGCGCACCAGCCAGCCAGCCAGCCAGCCAUCCACCCAGCCAUCCAUCAGCCAGCCAUCAGCCUACUGCCCACCAGCCACCCCAACAUGUGCCAUAGCCAGCCACCCCUGGCCAUAUGCUCCCCCAAGUGUGCUACCGCCCUCACGACUGUACUGCCUCCAUGCGCUGCACCUCCAGUCUUGUGUCACUAAAGAAUGCCAUAAACUGGACUGUGCUGGGAGGCAAGGCACAGCGAGACAGGGUGGUGGGACGCAGCGUGGCACAUGGAAGCCUCGGCCUUGCCACAGCCUGCACCACAGCGGCUCCAGGCUUCCUCCAGCAGUGUGUGUGGCAGCAGCAGUUUGGCAGUGGUGCACAGGCUGGUGUGGCUGGCCAGGGUGUGGCGCAGAGUGCAGCGAGGCGCAGCCAUGGUGAACUACUUAGCUGGAGUGUGGCGGUGAAGAGUUAGGGUGUGGCGUGCGCUGUGCUGUGUGCUGUGCGCUGUGUCAAGGCAACACUGGUCACUCUGUGGCUCAACUGCUGUACAAUGGACUAUUUAUUACUGCUAGUGCAAGUUACUCUUAGAAAUAAGUUGCUAUUGGUUUUACUUGUAUUUAUUGAUACAGUCUGUUGUCGGCUGCGGCGUGUGGCAGCAGCACGCCCAGCCCAGCCCGCACUGGCGGCAGUCUGGACUGCUGUGCUGCCCCGUGGGGAGUGUCUGCACGUCACUCCGCCGGGCCCCACAGCCCCCCUCCACCCCCCAGCCACCAUCUGCCUGGGGGUGGCCAGGCUGUGGUGUGUUGGGGCGGCACAGACGCACAGACAGAUGGACAGACAGAAAGCUUUCCCGAGCACGUCUCAAAAAUGUGGUCGCUGUGUUGAUCACAAAAUCCUGCAACAUUUUGUAACACUGAGUGAAGACUUUUGUAGUGAGGGCGGCAGGCAGUCUGGUGGGCGGGGACACUCCGGGAGAGGAGAGCCUGACUUGUCCCAGGGACGCGGCCACCUACAUGUGCAAUAACUUGCCAUAAUGUUGAAUCCUGCACCAACUGACCACUUAAUGGUUGACAUUUUAUAUAUAUUUUUUUCAUUUAUUGCAGUUGUAAUGUGUUUGAUGUAACUGUAGUGCGAUAAAUCAUGUUUCUAA